AUGGCUAUUCGAAAGAAGCGAAUGUCAAGUGACGAAAUUGUCCACUUGCUGGGGCUCUACAGGGAACAUGAGCUGCUGUGGAACUACAGCCACGAGCUGUAUAAAAAUAAGCAGAAAAGGCUGGCGGCCCUGGAAACAAUCCGUGCAGCAAUGGAUCUUGAAUCCGUGGAUGAGGUCAAAAGGAGGAUUAAAGUGGUCCGUGAUACCUACAACAUCGAAAAAAACAAAAUGAGCAGUUCGAAAAAGUCCGGCGCAGGAACAGCAGACGUUUAUCACACCCGGCUUUCGUGGUACAAGACAGCGCACGAGUUUCUUUCGGUAUGCGAAGCCAGAGAAUCGUACAGCAACAUUGUAAGUACAUAUAUUCUAUUUACUGUUCCGGAAAACUUCUGUUCUUCUUGUCUUGAAACUUCCGCCUGCAAACAAUCGAAGAAGUCUGUCGAAGAUCUAUUGAUUGAGCCCGAAGUCCGAGACUAUCAGCUUUAUCAAUCAAUAUCAUCUUCGGAAUCGGGAGAUGACCCUGCUGACCUACUGAAGCGGUACGAGGAGGAAUAUAAUAAAGAAUACGGAUCGGAAGAGCAUAGUCCGGUUCAAACUGCCGGACAGAAACGUAAGUCUCCGGUAGCGUCGUCGAGUUUCACUCGCAGUCUCGCAACUCCGAAGAAACGGAAGCGCCGUUCUGCAUUGUCCUCUGUGAAACCGAAAGCGACCUCCGACGAAAAUGUUCCUCCGCACAUAACGUCAGCGCUAAAUAAAUUGGACAACAUCCGUGCAUCUGUGUCGCCACCUAUUCAGGAUGAGUUCCAAUACUUCGGACUAAAUCUCGCUGCGCAACUAAGGGACAUGCCGAAGCUACGAGCAUUGGUGCUGCAGGACAAACUGCAGAGAAUGGUUGCUCUCGAACGAAUCGAGUAUGAAUCGAGUCGGCAAAAUCAGCGUAUGACUGCCAGUAAUGAACCGGCCGACCGUACAUCAUCAAUGGAAUCUCCAUCGUUCACAAGAAGGGAUGAUUAUCACCGCGAACCACCUGUUACUCCUCCGCCAAACCCUCAGUCGCCGACAGCAGACUCGCCCAGAGAAGUUGCAUUUCAAAAUCCGUAUGACGAAAUGCUCUUCAUUGGUCCUGGUGAAUUGACGAAUGAGCAAGUCGACACGGUGGCCGAAGAAGAAGGGAAUACUCUGGCAUCAAAUGAUCCGUCGACGAGCCAAAUGAAUGACGCUGAUCCGGAAAUCCGGGUUUCGACGCCAAUAGUCCCGUACUACCAGAACAUAUCUGUUCCAAUUUAUUUGCAACAGAUUAAUGCAGACCAGAUAAACCAAGCUCCAGAAUAUUACAAGUUCGACCAGCCGAUUAUCAUAUCUGAAUUGGUUGAUUCCGGAUUUGGAGAAUCCCAACCGAGCAGUGGUACCCAAGCAGGAGAUAAACUUUCACAGCUGAUCCAAUCAUCAUUUGGGAACACUCACUAG